AUGGCAAGCACCAUCCCAGCGGGCGCCAUCCGCCAAGGCCCCGUCUCCGCGGGGGGGAACUACCCGCUUCACGGGAGUCGGAAGAUGAUGGAAGUGAAAAACAAGAUGCCUGCGCCCGUGCAGAUCACCGCCGAGCAGCUGCUCCGCGAGGCGGUCGACAGACAGCUGGACGACUCGAGCCAGAUUCGGCCGCAGCAGCGCAUCGUCGACGAAGAAGAGCUCCAGCAGUACCGAGUCCGAAAGCGAAAGGAAUUCGAAGACACCCUCCGGAGGCAGAGACACCACAUCGGCACGUGGAUCAAGUACGCGGAGUGGGAGGCUGCUCAGAAGGAAUUCCGCAGAGCCCGCAGCGUCUUUGAGCGCGCCCUGAACGUGGACUACCAAAACACCACGCUCUGGCUCAAGUACAUCGAAAUGGAGUCAAAAAACAAAUUCAUCAACAGCUGCCGAAACCUGUACGACCGCGCGUGUCUCCUUCUCCCGCGCCAAGAGCAGUUCUGGUUCAAGUACGCCCACAUGGAAGAGCUUCUCGGCAACUACGCAGGUGCGCGGAACGUGUUUGAGCGCUGGAUGGAGUGGAAUCCGAGCGACAAGGGCUGGAUGCUGUACAUUCACUUUGAGGAACGAUGCAAGGAACUAGACCGCGCGCGGAAAGUCUUUGAGAGAUACCUGAGCAACCGGCCGUCGCAGGAGUCCUUCCUGCGCUUCUGCAAAUUCGAGGAACGGCACAAACACAUCUCGCGAGCUCGCGCGGGCUUCGAGAAGGCGGUCGAGCUUCUACCAGAAGAUAUGCUGGACGAGCAGUUCUUCGUUAAGUUUGCGCAGUUCGAGGAGCGACAAAGGGAGACCGAGAGAGCGAAGAUCAUCUACCAGCAGGCGCUGGAGCGGCUUCCCAAGGGCGAGUCGGAUCUCCUCUACGAAAAAUACGUCACGUUCCAGAAACAGUUCGGCGACAAAGAAGGGAUAGAAGACACGGUUUUGUCGAAGCGGGUGUUUGUCUACGAAGAGGAAGUGCAUGCCAACCCUUUGAACUACGACUGUUGGAUUGACUACAUUCGCCUGGAAGAAAGUCGAGGCGACAUCGACCGAAUCCGAAAUGUCUACGAACGCGCCCUCGCCAACGUGCCGCCGGUGCUGGAAAAGAGAUGCUGGAAACGGUACGUCUACAUUUGGAUUUGCUACGCGCUCUUCGAGGAGCUGCAGGCGAAAGACAUGGAGAGAUGCCGACAAGUCUACCAGAAGAUGCUGGAAGUGAUUCCUCACAAGAAGUUCUCCUUCGCCAAGAUCUGGUCACUGUAUGCGAGUUUCGAGGUUCGCCAGCUGGACCUCAACAAGGCUCGGCUUAUAUUCGGGCGCGCGAUCGCCGAGUGUGGAAAACCGAAGAUCUUUGUCGCGUACGCGCAACUGGAGCUACGCCUCGGAAACAUCGACCGGUGUCGGAAGAUCUACGCAAAGUUCAUUGAGUUGCAUCCGUUCAAUCCUCGAGCGUGGAUUGCAAUGAUCGACUUGGAAGUUCUCGCCGAGGAACAGGCCCGCGCCCGAGCGCUCUGCGAACUCGCCGUCGGCAUGGAGGAGAUGGACAUGCCGGAACUGCUCUGGAAGGCGUACAUCGACAUGGAAGUUGGCUGGGGGGCUGUCGAUCGCGCGCGCAGUCUCUACGAGAGGCUUCUGGAGAAAACGCAGCACGUGAAGGUUUUCAAAAGUUUUGCAGAUUUUGAGUGGCGAAUUGUCGAAGACCUCGCCAGGGCCCGGAAGGUUCUCGAGCGCGGCAUUGAGGUUUGCAAGGAGAACAGCUGGGACGAAGACCGAGCUUCGCUUCUCGAGCACUGGCUAGCGAUGGAGCGCGAGAGCGGCGACGCGCAGUCCAUCGGGCGCGUAUUCAACAUGCUCCCGAAGAAGGUGAAGAAAAUCCGCGUCGAGCGCGACAAAGAAACUGGUACAGAAUCCACCGUCGAAACAACUGCCUACGUCUUCCCUGACGACCCCGGAAGUGCAGCGAAUUUGAAGAUCCUGCAAGCUGCGAAGCUCUGGAAGCGGAAACAAGCCUCGCCGGUGUAG